ACCUGGAGUGGGAAGACGUGUUGGUGUUCUUUCCCUCUUUGUUUACAGUAACAGAAUGACAACAAAUUGUGCAGUUCGGUGUUGACAAUUGCCUUGUUUUUACAAAAAUCCGACGAGACGAUGGAACUGUUUCGGACGAACGAGUUUUAUAUAUUUAUAAAUGGCGAAUACUCGUUGUGGUGGGACAGACAGACAGGUGCAUUCAUACCCAAGACAGGUUGGGAUUUGGCCGACGCCGACGACCCCAUCUGCCUCGGCGUCUGCGACGGCAUCAUCGGCAAAAUAGAGCACUCCACGGUUUUCGAUCCUCGCCUUCUACUUAUCAAAGAAAGUCUUCCAGUAGGAAAGUUACACGGCGACAACGACGUGUACAAGAUAAAAUCCGUUGUAUUUUUACCGCUCGGUCCGGAAAACGUCGAACUCAAUUUACAAACAUGUCCGAAACACAAAACGUACACUCAAAAGAAAAGCACAAAUUCGAUUUUCGACAUCCAGAAGAACGCAACGUUGACGAAGACGUGGGGAACCCUCAAGAGUGCAGGGAAUACUAUAAAAAACACGACCCAACAAGCCGCAGCUAUAGCCACAGGAACGCCAAAGAGACGCGACUUCAAAGAUAAAGAACGGUUCGAGAGGCAGAUCGUCGAAGAGUUUCACAAGAUCUUCACCGAUACCAAUUCGUUCUAUUAUUCCAAGACGACGGAUUUGACUAAUUCUUUGCAAAGGUUGUGCAGUUUGGAGAAGCAGAAUUUGAUCGACCCGAAGGCCUCGUGGAAGAGCGUCGACGAUCGGUUCUUUUGGAACAAACACAUGUUGGACGAUUUGAUCGCUCUUAAUAACCCUCUGUGCGAUCCCUGGAUUCUGCCCAUCAUCCAAGGCUACAUCCAAAUUGAAAAUUGUCGAGUGGAACUUCCCCGGGACUUCCAGCCGAACGACGGCAAAAACUAUGAAAUUUUCACGUUGUGUAUACUGUCUCGGCGUAGCCGAUUUAGAGCGGGUACGAGGUACAAAAGGAGAGGAGUCGACGAGGACGGUCAAUGCGCCAAUUACGUGGAAACCGAGCAACUGGUAGCUUAUAAAACGCACGAGGUCUCGUUCGUACAAGUUCGAGGUUCCGUUCCAGUCUACUGGUCUCAGCCGGGUUACAAGUACCGACCUCCUCCUCGGAUAGAUAAAGGAGAGGCAGAAACGAAGGAAGCUUUCGAGAAACACUUCUCAAACGAAAUCCAGAAGUACGGUCCUAUAUGUGCCAUCAACCUCAUCGACCAAACUGGGAAAGAAAAGGUUAUUUUUGACGCCUACUCUACUUAUAUUUUGUACUAUAACAGUCCUUUCAUUACGUACGUCACGUUCGACUUCCACGAAUACUGCAGAGGGAUGCAUUUCGAGAACGUCUCGAUUCUGAUAAACGCUCUAGUCGACGUCAUCAAAGACAUGAAUUACUGUUGGAGGGAUAAACAAGGACACAUAUGUUCCCAGAACGGAGUAUUCCGUGUUAACUGCAUCGACUGCCUUGAUCGCACCAACGUGGUUCAGACUGCCCUAGGUAAGGCCGUUAUGGAAAUGCAGUUUUGCAAGCUCGGUCUGAUUACACCGGAAGGAGUCAUGCCUAACAGCAUCAAGAGCACUUUUCAGCUUCUGUGGGCCAACAACGGAGACACGAUCAGCAAACAGUACGCCGGUACUAACGCUCUCAAGGGCGACUACACUCGAACUGGGGAACGCAAAUUCACGGGGAUUAUGAAAGACGGAAUGAAUUCCGCCAACAGAUACUACAAAAACCACUUUAAAGACUCGGUGAGGCAGUGUUGUUUAGAUAUAGUGCAUGGCGUCAAUUUGAACGAAAUCGAAAUUCAGGAUUUUUGGGCCGAUUUACGCACUUUGGGCUGUAUCGCGAGCGAAAUCCUACCCGACGAGCCUCCGUCUUAUACGCCCCAAAUCGCUCUCAAACAGGAAUUCGAACUCGCAAACGUCCUGUAUCAGUUCUCUAGGUAUUACUUGAGCCGAUUUAAGGACUCGACGCGUCAAGGCACUAUCGAUCUUAUGCUGGGCAACGUCGUCUCCGAGGAUAACUUCAACGAAUCUAAAACGCAGCAUUUCGAAGAAGACAGCGCCGCGACGGCCGAACACGUCAAACUCCUCAUCGAAGACUGUAAAAAGAUGUUGAUCAACCAACCCGAGCUCGUCUUGGGUUCGUGGGGCUUGAUUAACGCCGAUCCUGCCACAGGCGAUCCGAACGAAACAGAAAUGGACUCUAUUUUGAUCCUAACCAAAGAUUCGUAUUUCGUCGCCGAUUAUGACGACCAAGUCGACAAAGUCACCAAAUACCAGAGGGUUCUCCUCGAAGAUGUGGCGAUGCUCGAGUGCGGAAUCCCGGAGACUGGCGCUUCGUUAUUCAAAGCGACUAAGAAUCGGUUUUGCGUCCGUAUUAACUACAAGGUGGACAAUGUUUCGGGCUAUUAUCACAUGUUCCGAUCGACGAACCUGAGGUUCUUCAACAACAUGGCCGUUAUUAUCAAGAACGAAGAGGAAGAGAUAGAGUCCCUGAAAGCAAUUUGCGAAGCGUUCGUCGUCGCUUUGGAUAUCUGCGGUUUACCUCCCGUUCCGUUCAGCUGCGGUAAAUGUCUCGAUAGACGGAAGUCGAAAGUCAUCAAUAACGAGACUCACAGGAGUAGCAUUUAUUUAGAUAUCGUGGGAUUGCCUCAGAUGACUCGGAACGUUUCGGAGAGUCAAUUAUUAUCCCUGAAAAACGUCGGUUCCAAAGCCAUCUCAAACAUGACCCAGCAAUUCAGCAAGUUGAAUAAAAUCGGCAACACUUUCAAGAAAAACAAAUUCAAGAGGGCCAAUUUCACGAUCGGAGCCAACAACAACAAAGAGUCUUCCAGCGACACGGACGACGAUUACGAGAAUUCCAUUUUUCAGCCGAACGCGACCGAUACGGGAUCUUUGCAUUUCGCCACGGAUUCCAGCUCGAACAGCGGCAAUCGCAGCAACAUCUCUAUCGAGCAGGCGGAAGAGGCCACGGAAAAUUCCAUCUUGAGCGGGGAAAGCAAAAGCGACGCCUUUCUGCCGAGCGUCGGGAUCGUAAUGGGCAAUACUAACGACACGAUCGAAGCGACCUUGGAGCAGAAACAAAACCUACUGACCCGCGAAGAUUCCUCCCAAGUUAAUAGCGUCCAACUCGCGAGCAUAAUGCAGAACGUGUCCCUCCAGAAUCCCACGCCCGAAAUCCAGAUCAACUCAGAAGGGUUCGAUACGAAGAAGCAGCCACCGAACACGCUCAAACUGGACAAGAAAUUGAGCCACUCGUCGGGAGAAGUGGACGACGCGGAUCUGAAACCGUCGGUGGAAGCGAGGUUCGACAAACGCUCGAAUUCGGACUACGAUGUCGCUCUGAACAUAUCGCAGUCGCAGAGCGAAUCGGCGUUGAAGAACAAAUUAAGCAACAUCACGAGCCCGGUGGCCAGCGCUACAAAGGAUCUCGUCUUCUCGCCUUUGACGAAGUUUGCCAAGGGCGUGCAAAAUUUAGGAGCCAACUUGGACCCGAGGAGAUUAGGCCAGGUUCGGAACGUCACCGAGAAAGACCUGGAAGAACACAGGAAGCUCCAGGAGAAGUGGCAAAACAGCAAGACUAGACUAAUUGCUUUGUAAAUUUUGUAAAGGGUCCGAUGGAAUAGGGUUUAGUUUCGACUUGAGUUUCGGUUGCCACUAGCGUUGGAUCAGGACGUUGUUGUAGUUAAACAAAUGCGAUUGUUACGUUUGUCCGAGUUAUUUAUUUUAUUUAUUGUAGGAAUUCUGACACCAAACGUUUGUAUAAAAAUUAGAUAGUUCCGGAGGCUGUUUUUAUAGAGUCUGGCUCUCUGAAGAGUGAUGGCAAGUAUUCAGAUAGACGCUUUACAAAGUAGUUUGUUAGUUGUAAGAUACUGAGCGCGAUGCUUAGUUUUUUCGCCUCUGAUUUUAAAAUUUGACAUGGCGGAAUUUAAUUAACGUACUCUUGCUACGGAGAUCGACUAAGUACUUUUUAGUGGGGACACUUACAAGUUAAUUUAAUUUGUUGCGUGUUUGGAGCACACUCGAGAGGAAAUUACUCGAGAGCACUUAACGCUAUUGAAUUAAAUUUAAUAUUUUUGAUAUUUUAGCGUUAUUAGUGUAGGUGGUAUUCUUGACGAUGUUGCCGUGCGUUUCCUAGUAAGAGUGCAAAAACGAGAUUAUCAUUUGUGUCCGUUUACAGUAAAUCGUCAAUUAAAUCUUAACGUUAAAAAUGUAACUUGUUGAGCGAGGAAGUCAAGGCGGCUUUUGCGGAAUUUAAUAAGUUUGAAACCUUGCAAAAAAUACAUUUAAUAAGCAGCAUUUUCAACUGCAUAUUAUAAAAGUGUACAUUAAAAUUAAUACUCAACCUUUCACAUUUGGUAUACUUAACUGUUCAUUAUUCAUGUUUAUCCUCUAUAAUUACAACAUUUUAAUGUUCGUCCUUUGUAAACAUUCUUCAAAAAAAAAAAAGAUCGAUAAUACGAUACCAACGUAACUGCUGAGUCAGCACUUUUAAUCUCGUUUUGUUUUUUACUAUUGGCCAGUAUGCCGAAAUCUGUUUCAGUGCCGUCAUAAAAGAAAACGCGAAGCGCGUUUACAACCACUCUGAUAAGGUGAAAUAACUGUUACCAUUCAUUCAGUAUUAUUAAAAAAAAAAGGUGCGAUUAAAGGAUUAGAAUUGCGUAGAUCGAACUACUAGCUGAAAGCUUUAAUGAAUUAACAAAAGCACAAAGCUUUUUAGGAUCUACAUGUGAUAUUUUAGACAUAGUUACGGUCAUAUCUAUAUUGUUUUAGAGGGACGUCGGCGUUCCACAACUUGUAGUUUUUCUCUGGAUGUACUUAAUUUUCUAAUCUAGACACGAAUAAAGUCAAUUACUCAACAUUCCUACUCUGUGACAUGUUUAGUAUUGUUGUUAUUGUUUUGCUGGAUUAUUUAUUGUUUCUAUUAGAGUAUUUACAAAGC